AUGUCAAAAUGGGUACAAGUAUCGGACCAGUUGUACUCGAGUUCGUCUCGCCUAGCACAGUUACAACCAUCACUAUUAGGGAUACCAAAGGGUUCUCCAAGUGCUCCAUCAUCUCAUAUAGUACAGUCAACACAGUCAGUGAUAAAAUCAGAUAACAACGUGACUUAUGUGUGUAGUAAAAUUCUGAGCGAAGAUUGUUUGCCGUUGUGUCCACUUAUUCCAGAUAAACUCGUUGGUGCUUUAGCAACAUAUUCCGACUCCCCAACUUACUCUGACUUAGAUAGACUGUAUCCCUGGGUUCAAGAUGGAGGAAGAGGAAAGCCGUCCGACUGUUACCCGCGCCAUCGUGUUGCCAUCAUCAUUCCAUACAGAAACAGGGAUAGUCAACUGCGGACAUUUUUAUAUAAUAUCCAUCCUAUACUUUAUCGACAGGAGUUAGAUUAUGGAAUUUAUGUCGUAGAACAGAAUGGAAGUUCGAAAUUUAACCGUGCCAUGCUGAUGAAUAUUGGGUAUGCAGAAGCAAUGAAGAUACACGACUAUCAAUGUUUUGUCUUCCAUGAUGUGGACUUGAUUCCAGAAAACGACAAAAAUAUUUACAACUGUCCAAAACAACCAAGACAUAUGUCAGUUGCAGUAGAUAAAUUCAAAUACCGAUUGCCUUACACUGCAAUAUUUGGAGGCGUAUCAUCUUUAACGAAGGAACAGUUCCAAAAAGUCAACGGGUUUCCGAACAGAUAUUUUGGCUGGGGAGGUGAAGACGAUGAUAUGUGGAACAGAAUUCACAACGCAGGAUAUAAAGUAAUCCGCUAUGCUAUGGACAUAGCUCGCUAUAAGAUGAUUAAACAUGGAACUGAAACAGGAAAUAAAGCUAAUCCUGGGAGGUUUAAAAUGCUGAAAGACAGUAAAAAGUAUUUCAAAACUGAUGGCAUUAAUAGCCUAAAGUAUAAAGUAUUAAAAAUAGACAUAAAUCAUCUCUAUACACGAGUCGUUGUUGACAUUGACGAAAAAGAAGUUUUGAAGGGAAUAAAAAAGUCAUGACACCAACUUAGGAGUGAAUAUUCUUGAAAACUAUUUAUGGGAAAAUAAGUAACCAAUACAUACCAAUGACGAAAAAAAUAUGGAGACAAUUCAUUGGACUAUUCAUUGGAGAAUUCAUUUAUGUUUCAUAAGCGUACAUUGCUGUUCUAACCAUUCAUAACACUGCCUUGGAAUUGAAACUGUGUAUGUAGCAUGAAUUAGGAUGACGACAGAUGGAUUAUUUUCUAAUCCACCAAUUAGGGCAAAUUGAAAAUCUCAUGUACACAAACGUCCUUGUUAAUAUGAAGUAACGAUUGAGUGGUUAUAAUUGUUUGUUGUUUUAUAGAUGCGUAGUUAAAAUGAUUAUAUAUAGUAUGUUUGUGUUAAAAUGAAUGUAAGCUUUGUUUAGCAGUUCGGGUACACAACAUUUUACGGUUAAACAUCAAUUAUCAUAUCAAUUUCCCCUAUUUUAACAAACCAAUCCAGCAAUGCAUGAUCGACUUAUACAUAUAUACGUUCACAUGUUACUCAGAGCACCAAGCUCUUAGACCCAAUCGUCCUAAGUUCAUCUAAAGAACAAGUUACACGAAUAAUGUUUUAGAUGAACUGACAGGUUAUGCCAAAAGUCAACUAAACUGGUUUUUGUUUGCUGCCGAUAAUUCCACUUGGGUUAUGCUUGAUAUCCAACAACUGUUUUCUUAAGAGCAUUGUUUGAAAGGUAUAGAAAUGUGCGAUACGAAAGAACAUAACGUAGUAUGUGUUCCGUUCGAUUAAACACCAUUUAACUAGUUACCAGUGGUGGUCAAGAGCAAGGGUCUGGGGUUAGAACCCUCUUAAUGCAUUUGAAUAGGUACAUAUGGUUGGUACCCCACUUUAUCCUGGAAUGGCAGAAUCCGCACCUAGUUACCAUAUUUCGCACAAUCUUACGUGACGGUAAACUCGUAGUAGCAAACAAUGCAUCGCUGUUCAUUGUUAUGAUUGGGAAAUGUCUUAGAAGCUGUUUACAUUUUGUAAUUUGGGAAUCUAAUUUAUGCAAAUGUAUUCUGACAAUUGAAUUAUAGUGGUCUGGAUCUGUUUAUUGAUUAUAUGUGCCUCCUUAUUCUCAUUAAUAUGUGAUCUCUUUACCAAAGAAUAUAAACGAAUUAUAUGUUAUUGCAGGAAAAUGAUUUAUCUUUGUUUUAUAUAGUUUUAUCAUUUGAAAAUUACAGCUGGUCGCGCUUAGUGCAGCACAGCAUUUGCGCAAUCAGUAGUGUAUGUAAACUGUUGUCUCAUUGUCAUUCAUACACUCAUCUUCUUAUAUCUAGGAACAAAAUGUUUUAUCAUAGAUCGUUAUACAAAUUAUGUCAGGGUUUUAAGUUUUUCAACUUUAAUAAAAUGUGUUGAUUGUUUAGAUGCCCUUCAAUACAUUCCUACCUUGACCAUUUUUUUUAUCAUUUAAGAUAUAACACGAUGUUAACCUUUGUUUAUUUUUGACGUUUUUUUUCAGACUCAUUUUAAGAUUUGCAUUUGUUUUAAUGAAUAUUUAAUGUUCUGUUUAAGAUUAGUCUAUUUUAGAACGUUGUUGGGGGUAAAAUAUGUUAAUAGAUCAUACUAAAAAUCAUCGUUAUGUUUAUUUACGAACUUUAUGAUAAUCCAUUGUGUUUUGUAUCAUUAAUAAAAUGUUGAUAAACUGCUUUUUUUUUUAUUUGUGAUGAAAUUAAAAUUUUUAUCGGGAAUUAAUUUCACACUUACAAAAAUAAUAGAACAGUAUGAAGACAACGACAACUGGCAGUUUUCUUUCAAUUCAAUAUAUGCCUUGGAGGAUGUGUUAACAUGGAUGUUACGAUGUCAUUUCUAAGGGUGCUAUAAACAGUUUCGUACUAAAAACUGUUAUUCCCCGACUAAAAAUAACCAUGAAGGGAAACCCCGGUUUAUUUACUUACUUGGUGAAAAAGUAUCAUGUUUUUUGUAUUUGAUUGUAAAAGUUAGUUAAUUAGCUUUCAAUUAAAACAGGUUGAAUGAUUGAAAUAAUUUAAAAAAUUAUAAUAAAUAUACAUGUUUCGAGGGGAGACAACACUGUAAACAGUCUGUUUUUUAGCAGUGAAAAUUGAAAACUUAUUUGCAGCCACUGCAUGUAGCUCUUUUCGGAGAAGUAACCGUACCCUAAAUAAGAUUUUUUUGAAAGGCCAGGUAAAAACCUACAAAAUUCAUACAGUUUUGAUUAUGAAAAAUGUGCAUGGAUCAUGUCGUCAUGGGUGUGCACAUGACCUGAU